CUUAAUUAUAACUCAAACCAACACAGUCUCCAAAAUCACUACAUAUAUUUCAUCCUCUAAACACACAUUAAGUUCGCUUGGUAGUACAUAAUUUGGCCUUGAGAAAUGGCAAGCUCCAUAGCUCUGAAGCUUACUUGCGUGGUACUGAUGUGCAUGGUGGCUGGUGCACCGCUAGCCCAGGCCAUAACAUGUGGCCAAGUGGCGACCAAUGUGGCACCAUGCGUAUCGUACUUGAGAUCCGGCGGCACGGUUCCGACGGCGUGCUGCAAUGGGGUGAAGAGCCUAAACAGUGCGGCGUCCGACACAGCAACCCGCCAGGCCGUGUGUCGGUGCUUGGUUAGUGCAGCCACCAAUAUGGGCAGCCUGAACCCUACCCUCGUCUCUGGCCUCCCCUCGGCUUGUGGGGUUUCCCUUCCUUUCAAAAUCAGCACCUCCACCAACUGCAACAACAUCAAAUGAAUGAAAGUAUAGAAGGAGAGGAAGUAUGGUGUGGAUGUGACGCUAGAAUAAAGUGGAGAUUAUAUGAGCAGACCAACCUUUUAGCUUGUCUUAUUAAUGUAUUAUUAUGAUCCUAUCGACUAUCUGAGUGUGUUUUAUUAUAAUGUAACAUCUUCUAUAAAUGUGUACUAGUAUUUUCGUUAAAUAAAAUUUCAGAUUUGUGCUAA